AUGGCGUUUUUAUCAUCGAUACUUCUAUUCGCUGGCUGCCUGCUGUUGGUGCGAUUAAUAUAUCUGCUCAUUUCGGUGCGCCGUGGCCAAAGUGGUUCGACCAUUGCUCCACGUACCACCCCCGCCCGCACGAUGAUUGUUAUGGGAUCGGGUGGACAUACGGCCGAAAUGAUGCGCAUAGUCGAUCGUCUAGACUGCGAACGUUAUUCUCCGCGCCAGUACGUGCUCGCCAGUACAGACAAAACGAGCGUUGUGAAAGUGAUCGAAAGCGAGAUCCGUCGGGAACCGGAUCCGGAGAAGCAAUCGUACGAGAUCAUUACCAUUCCCCGCAGCCGGGACGUACACCAGAGCUAUGUUAGCUCGAUCGCAACGACCGUACUUGCGUUGCUUAACUGUGUGCCGCUCGUGCUAAAGGCUCGUCCGGAGCUAAUUCUUACCAACGGACCCGGUACGUGUGUACCCGUCUGUUUGGUCGCAUUUCUGGCCCGUUUGCUGUUUCUCAACACCAAAUGUCGGAUAGUGUUCAUCGAAAGCUUCUGCCGCGUGCGUAACCUUUCGCUGAGUGGCCGUAUACUGCUCUACAUCGUGGACAUGUUCGUGGUCCAGUGGCCUGAGCUACUCCAGAAGACGUCCACCACGCGGACGGAUGUUCGUUGCUUUGGACGGUUAUAA